AAUAGAACAACUACGUUUUAAUGUGGAAUUUAUGAUUAUUACAACUAAAAACAAGGCAAAUAGUGAUUACAUACCCUUUGUGUAGUGAAAUAUUACCAUUCGGGCAUAUAAAUUUUACAAGAUAUUUAUAUUUGUACUUUGUGAUGUUAAAUUAUAAUUAUUCCUAGUAUUUGUUUACUAAGAUCAGUUGCGAAGAGACUAAGAGAUAUUUAAUAAUGGCAGGCCACAGGUACCUCAGUAACACGACAAAUCUAUUUGCGGAUGACGACGUAGACGACGAUACUUUUGUUAACAGUUAUAGACAAAGAAUUCCACCGCCACAACCCAAACCAUCACCUUCACCUUAUAUUGCUGAUUUAGAAAGGCAAAGACAAACUAUGUUAGAGAAACAGAAAGAGAUCGAACAGCGUACACUUGAUUCUUCAGUUAGAAGUAUAGGUUUGUUGCGGGAAUCUGAGCAAAUUGGAAUUGCAACUGCUGAAGAACUAGCUCGUCAACGCGAACAACUCCAAAACACUAAUAGAAGACUUGACGAAAUUAACACCAAUUUGAGCUAUAGUCAAAAACACCUAAACGGUAUUAAAUCAGUUUUUUAUGGGUUUAAGAACUAUUUGUCAGGUAAAUCUGACCAAACGCCUAGUAAGAGUCAGGCAUCUCCCAGUUCCUGUAGUUCAAAAGCAGGAAAUAGUAGCAGAGUAGAUGAUACCUUAUACAGCAUGAGUGCUAGUGAAACUGAUAAUUUUACUAAUCACCCAUCAACUCGCCUUAGAGGACUUAACCAGCAAGUAGCCGCUGAACCAAUAUCAGAUACUCAGCGCAUAAAUAAAAUGCUAGAUGCUAACCUAGAUGAGAUGGUUACUCACAUCUCAAGAUUAAAGGGUCUGGGCAUGGCUCUUGGAGAGGAAAUUGAACAACAGAAUCAUCUUAUAGAUGAAAUACAUGAUAAAGCCGAUGUUGCAGAUAUAAAAAUUGGUCAUCAAAAUAAGCAAAUGAACAAACUUUUAGGACAAUAAUUAGAAUCUACCAUAUUGUAAACCUUUUAUAGGAACAUAAAUGUCCUACUAAUUAUAAAAAUACAUUGAUUAUGUUAAUGAUAAAAAAAUAUAUAUAAUAUUUAAAUUAAUUACACUUCAUUUAUUUAUAUAGUGGGAGACUACAUAGAUAUGUAUAUGUUAUAUAAUACAAGCAUAGUUCUAAUUAAUAAAAAGGAAAACAAUGGUAUUAAAAUAGUGUCAAUGUCAAACAGUCUGGGUUUGUUAUCUUGUAAAUUAAUUCCAUUAACAUGCGUCAGCUUAUCAAAUACAAUAUUACUGCAAAAAACUCAAUUUGUAAAUAAAAUAUAACGGCAUAAAGUAUUUAUGGAUAAGUUUGUAACCAUUGUUCAUUGGAAAACAAGUAGGAAAUAUCCACAAAUCAAAAAGAGCUCAUGUAUCUAAAAAUUAUAUUAUGCACUUAAAUUCAACCUUGAAAUUUUAAUUUUGUUUCUCCCAAGUUUUAUUUGAAAUGUUAUGUUAUAUUGAUAAUUGUCAUAGCAUUCCUUUUUUUUCUUUUUUUUUAUGUAUAAUAAACUCCAUGCUUAUAAAGGUGUAA